AUGAAUGAUAUCACGGCUGAAUCGUUCUAUAGACUCACUCCUGGAACUACGUGCAAUGAGGAGCAUGCCUGCUCAUUCUAUCGCGAGUUUAAGCAGUUCAAGACCGCCUUUAUCUACACAAAUGGAAUUUCUAGGAGUCGAAUUUCGGAUGCCUCAGAAUUGGAGAAGAAGACUGUUUGUACCGAAUGCUACUCGAAAUUCAAGACAUUCGUCCACUUCUUCAUGGGAUCCAACUCCUCUGUCCGCGAGAAUGCGAGUGUAGGCGGCAAGCAGAUGUUUGUCCAAAUUCCAGCCCUGGUCACGAAUAAGAAGAAAAUGAGCAUGUUUGCUGCCGUAGACGUCUACGACGUGAAGCUAAAGCGGUACAUGAAGCACAAUGCCCUCUUCUCCGUCUUCCUCGUCGAUGGCAAGCCGGCCCUUGGAUUCAUCCUUCUUGGAUGCAUAGACGAUGAGGGUGUAUUUUCAAUGAACAAAUUCGUGAGAGCUGGAACACUCUACGACUGGUACAAUUUCAGUUACGAAAUUAGGCCAAUGACUCAGGUUGAAAGCAGUGUUUUGUGCAAGAUUCUCGGGGUGCCACAGAUCAUCCAUCGAUUUGAGAUGAACCAGUACAAGGACACCUUGAAUGACGUGUUUGAGAUCAAAAUGGCAAAAGUGGCUGUUUCAGAGAAAGGAAAGGAGCCUAAGAUUGAUGCUAUGAUGGUGAAGAAGAUCGUGUUUAUUGCAAUGGGAAUCGCAUUCAUUGUGGGAAUGAUGUACCAAUUAAUAAGACUCAAGAAGUAA